AUGUCAAUUCAUAGAGAUCCAUUAAUCCAACAAUCUUUACCAACAGAAUUUAAUGAACCAGUUCAUUUAGGUAUAAUUGGUGGUACAGGUCUUUAUCAAUUAUCAUCAUUAACUCCAGUGGCUAAAUUAACUUUACAUACUCCAUGGGGUUCACCAUCAUCAUCAAUAACAAUUUCUAAAACUUCCACAGGUUUCAAUGUUGCAUUUUUAGCAAGACAUGGUGUUCAUCAUGAUUAUUUACCAAGUGAAGUACCAAAUUUAGCAAAUAUUGCAGCUUUUAAAAAAAUUGGUGUUAAGGCAAUUAUUGCAUUUAGUGCUGUUGGUUCUUUACAACAAGAUAUUAAACCAAGAGAUUUUGUUAUUCCAAAUCAAAUCAUUGAUAGAACUAAAGGUAUUAGAAGGGCAACUUUUUUUGAAAAAGGUUUUGUAGCUCAUGCUGGAUUUGGUGAACCAUUUGAUUUAAAAUUAAAUAAAAUCAUUUCAAAAUUUGGUGAUUCUUUGGAAGGUGAUAAUGUUAAAUUACAUUCAAAAUUCUUAGAUAACAAGGAUUUAACAGUUAUUUGUAUGGAAGGUCCACAAUUUUCAACAAGAGCUGAAUCAAAACUUUAUCAAUCAUGGGGUGGGUCAGUUAUAAACAUGUCUGUCCUCCCAGAAGCCAAACUAGCAAGAGAAGCUGAAAUCUCAUAUCAAAUGAUUUGUAUGUCAACUGAUUAUGAUGCAUGGAGAGAUGAUGAUGAACCAGUUACAGUGGAAACCGUUGUGGGUAAUUUAAAGGCAAAUUCAUCAAAUGCAAAUAAUAUUGCAAUCAAGAUUAUUGAACAUUUAGAAAAGGAAAUUAUUGAUGGUAAUAUUGGAAAAGAUUUAAAAGAAUCUAUGAAAGUUAGUGUUAGUACUAAUCCAAAAGGUGUUAAAAAGGAAUUAUUAGAAAAAAUGCAUUAUUUAUUCCCAGGUUAUUGGCCUUUGGACUGA